UCUUGUUUCACAAGUUUCCUUGGAGGCGGAGCAUAUCUCUUACCUCUCUCUCUCUCUCUCUCUCUCUCUCUCUUUUGUUCUGUUCUCUCUCAGUUCUCAAAAUGGCCACCAACAGAUGGUUGAAACCUGAGGUAUACCCUCUUUUUGCUUCUGUUGGCGUGGCUAUUGGGAUCUGCGGUAUGCAACUUGUUAGGAAUAUAACCACAAAUCCUGAAGUCAGGGUAACCAAAGAGCACAGAGCUGCAGGAAUUCUUGAGAAUUUUGCAGAGGGAGAGAAAUAUUCACAACAUAGCCUGAGGAAGUAUGUUCGCAACAAGACCCCUCAGAUCAUGCCAUCCAUCAACAACUUCUUCUCUGAUCCAAAUUAAAACAAGUGCCUAACUUUUUGUCUAAGAAAUUUGAUUCAUGGGUUUUAAGUUUUGGCUCUCCGGUGUUAUGAAUUGAGAAGUAGGACA